AUGUCUAAUCAAAUUGACCGCAACAUUUAUGAGCAACAAUAUCAACAUGUUUCACUUUCGACAUUAUUUUCGAAUCUUCGAGAUUCAUCAGAUAAUAACGACGUAAAUCGACCUUAUAGAUGCACUAUUUGUACACGAGGUUUUAUCCGACAAGAACAUUUAAAUAGGCAUAUGCGUACACAUACGGGUGAGAGACCGUUUAUUUGUAAAACUUGUCAAAAGCGCUUUUCGCGAUCUGAUGCAUUAACGCGACAUAAAAAAACUCACGCGCAACAAUUUAAAAGGAAAGACCAGCAGCAUAUUCAUCAUCAUUCUAAUGGCAAUAAUACUGCCACUACUACAUCUUCUUCGCUUGGCAAUAAUAACACGCCCGCUUAUACUAUUAUCUUCACCGAAUCGACCACCUUCAUCAACUCGAUCACCAAUUCACAACCUUAUGCUUGCCCGCUUAAUAAUGGUUGCAAGAAAACUUUCAAGUACUCUGGGCACUUAGUACGUCAUAUUAGUACUUGCACCUCAAAAGAAACUUAA